AUGAAGGGGAACGAAAUUUAUGAACCUCCGAGGUUCAUGUCGGUGCAGACAGCAUUAGAACAGCUUAUGGAGAUCGAUGAGAAGCGAGGCAAUCCUGGAAUUGUGGGCAAAGAUUCCCUCGUUGUGGGUGUCGCACGUGUUGGUUGCAAAGAUCAGUCAAUUGUCUUCGGUCGCGCCGAGGAUGUGGCCUCCGAGAAAGCAUCUGAGAAGCUCGGCGGUCCUCUCCAUUCGCUUGUAAUCUGUGCGCAGGGUGCUGAAGGGCUACAAGAGAUGGAAGAGGAGUUUGUUAAGCAAUACCAAAUAUAA